AUGGAGUUUCAUGGUUACCUCGCCGGAGCAGGCAUCGCAAGCAAGUCCACGAGCAAUACAGACUGCGGAUUGGGUCUUCUAGGCGACUCCGCCCAACCCGAGCCCCUCCAGAUCGUCAAGCGACGCGAGAGCGUCCUCCGCGGACCGGCCACUGUCGGACGGUGCGGUGGGCGCGGUGGCGACGGCGGUGGCGGCAGCCCCAGGAGGACCAGUGGCGAUACAGACACAAGCGGCGGCGGCAGCGAUGCCCCGCUGACGAUACCCAAGCGCAGGUGUGGCGCGAGUGGCAGUGGAAGUGUGGUAAGGAAAUCUCAGAUCUCCUCGAGUUGGACGUGGUCGCCCUGCGUGAGGGGAGGUGGGCAUUCUGGAAUCGGACCCGAUGCUUACGACGACAGCGAUGAAGAUUCGGCUGUUAGUCAUGCAAGACCGAGUUUACAAGGCAGAAAUGUACCGGACGUGGUGCUCACGCAGAACAAGACGGGAAGCUCAUUCAUCUCGCGGAGUCCCUCGGGCGAGUCAUUCCAAGCAACUCAGCAGCGGUUUCAUUCGCCUCCUUCCUACAACCUGUAUGCACAUGACGGUGGCGAUCCGUACUCGCGCGCCAAUACUUGUCUACCAUUCCUCAGCCACGCGCCGUUUGGAAGACAGCAAUAUCAUCAAAGACCUCCUUUGGCGGAUCCGUCCGUGUUAGUACCCUGUGUCACAGUGGUACCGGAGUGCAAAGGUGUCGAUGCCGGGCGACGCAGCUUCUGGGCGGCUGUUCAGGUCUCGACACAGUUGACUCGGCCAGAGAUCAUGGUGGCUAGAAAUCGUUUUGGAGAUGUUUGGAACGGACUAGGGGAACAGUCACAGCUCAUGCCGCGGGUUGUCCAUGACGACGAGCUAGGCUUUCAUCAAUUUGGUUAUCUAUACGACAUCAAUCUUGAGGUGUUUGCCGUAGAUGGCAGCUCCCUAAUGGAGGUACUGAUGGACAGGACAGCACCAACAACCCUGGCACCAGGAGACAAGAUUCUUGCUCUAGCCCAUGUCGAGCUCCACCCUGCUCAAAGACCCGACUUUACCGACUUUCCAGGCCAAGAGCAUGGCAGACGACACGACUCUGAGGAGCUGAUAAGAGACCUCGAGCUUCAGCUAGGCAGCACCCGGGCGGAGUUCCUACGCGUGAGGCUUACCUACCGCCACUCAGGCUUCCCACAACAGCAGCCGCAACAACAACGACAGGAUGUUCGUGGUGGCGAUUCGCUGAUGUCUUCGACGACAACAACGACUGCAAACACUCACAAAAUCGAGACGCAGGUAGUAGCAGCCAUCGAGCGGCGUAGCUCAACCUCGCCAUGGUCACCAUCUCCAGCCUCGAUGCCGAACCCAUUGAUUCAGAUCGUAGCUUCUUGCUGGGGCGUGGCAGCUGCCCGAGACGUGAUGGAUCGUACGUCUGUAGGACGGCAGUCACAGGCUAGCGGUCGAUCUUGUCGCUCGCCUGCCGAGUCCUCAGUGGGCCGGCGGCCGCUUUCCAGCAUCCAGGCUAACGUCGUACCCACUGUUCCCGUCCGGCGUGCUAGCCUACGGAAGGCCAGGACAGACUCGAUGGCAGAUAGCGGAAGCGAGCGUGAAAGGGGAACGCCUGAUCCCGCGCAUAGCAUCUGGUCCCAGAUGCGCCGAGCGUCGUCGACCAAAGAAGCGCCGGGGCCAAAGCCCUUCUCCACACCCACGGCAUCUCUGCGUGGGAGAGCACCAAAAAAUCCCAACGGGAUUGUGGCUAGCCGUCUAGAAGGUCUCCAGCAAAGACAGAAAGAAUCAAAAAAUAGUCAAGGGUCAACCACGGAGCCGCCGAACCCAUGGCGGAAGAGGGAUCCGGACGCACGACGAGAGUCUCUCCGGGAGACGGCGCUGCGCAACCGAAGAUCGCUUGGGGUGGACACCUUACGUAGCCUUGUGCCCAGCGAGUGUAGCAGUAACAACGGCAGCCAGAAGCCGUUGGUGCCGAGCUCGCAUCAAUAUGAUCCCCGGAGUCUGAGAGGCAACAACAGUAAGGGAAAGCGAGAGGCAGGUGGGAGGUGGGGAUGGGGUGGCUGGUGGUAA